UCACAAAUUAUUUACAGGUGCCUUGAAUCUUGAUGACUCUGAUGUCAACCCACGGUUCAAUCACUCGCUCGCCCAACAUGUGAAGUAAGUACCUUACUCCAAUAUUACAUCUCAAAGCCACAAAAGUAGAAAUAGAAGGCCCCUAAUUAUCAGGACAUGUCUUAACGUGACAAGUUAGAAAGACGACAUAUUUUGGUUGUUUAAUUUCCGAGGGCCGAGGGGUGCUGGCACAAAAAGUUUCGGUUUCAUCGCGUUGACAGGCAGAGUCCUAUUGGCGAACUGCUUUCGGCUAAAACUUCAGACAGGAAAGGAAACAAUCGGCGAUCAAAAGGGGAAGAAGCGGAAGCCGGAGAAGUGAACAUGUCGGCGCUUUUCAAUUUUCAUUCGUUUCUGACGGUGGUGCUGUUGGUGAUCUGCACUUGCACUUUCUUGAAGAUGCAGUUCCCCACCAUUCUCGAACAGAAAACCGGAUUCCGUGGAUUCUUUUGGAAAGCAGCCAGAAUAGGUGAACGGUUAAGCCCCUGGGUAGCUGCAGGGUGCCUGACGAUGGGCGUCUCGAUCAUAUUCUUCUGACAACAGCUUCUUUCUGCCAUUCAACUCAACAACCAUGUCUCCAUAUCCAGCAGCUGUUUGCAAAAUGCCAAGUUCUGCGUAUGCCAUAUCUUGAUAUUAUAACAAGGUAAUCGAUCCAUUUGUAACUUAGCAGUACUAAGCAGUGUGAGUUGUUUUUGCUUCUCUGACAGUGUCUGAAAGGCAAUCUGAGGGGCACUUUUCUGUGUUAAAUUAUUUGCUUUCCUGUUGCAAUUGGAGAUUCAACUUGCAGAAAAUCGCCAACUUGGCUUUGACCCUCCAAAGGUACCGGAGGAAAACAUUUAAUCCCCUUGUAAUCAUUCAUAUUCUCCCAAAAUUUUCAUACCAUAUGCGAUUGCAAAUUAAUUAUGCAGGUGUCUCCGUAUUUGCUUUGACUUUUUGGCAUGGUUUGGUUGCUGGUUGUUGUUGAUGUACCAAUAUUAUUUUAAGUCAGCACUAAUUGUAGGCUGUAGCAUCAUUACCUUUGCUAAUAAUAAUACUAUUAUAUUAUGAUCAUGAAUUCACGAUUAAGAUAAAGGGUGGUGGCGGUUGACCUGACCCCUCCACCCCCCUAUAGAAUUGGAAUUGGGAUUUCACAUCAGCAGCUAGCAGAUUGCAGCAAUGGCCAGCAAUGUUUGCUUCACAAUUGUUCUCAGUUUGUGGGAUCUUGGUGGUGCAAAACCGUGUCAACAGCCACCAAACAAAACCCAGCCACAGAAUGGAAUUCCUUUGUAUUAUAACAAACAGCAAAUGGACAUGUGCAAUUGGAGAGUAUGAGCAGCACUGUUGAUUCGAGUAUAGAUCAAAGUUGGAACUCGAAGAACAGUCGACCAAUAUAUCUUACUUGUUAGCAUGAACACUCUGCUCUAGAAAUGUUGAUUCGAGUAUAGAUCAAAGUUGGAACUCGAAGAACAGUCGACCAAUAUAUCUUACUUGUUAGCAUGAACACUCUGCUCUAGAAAUGAUAGCUACUGCUUAUUGGACACUAUUAUCCUAAUCGUCAAGUUGCUGUACUUUUUCGUUCAGAACAUUCUGUGCUGGUAUCUUAUGCCGUACUGAGUUCAGUAUGACAUGCACUUUAAGAAUAAACAAAGAUAGUGUGACAGGAAGAAGAUGGGAGAAUUCAACCCAAAUCAUCUGGAGAUCUGCCCUUUUAACGCAACUGCUUGGCCGCGGCGGUAUGGGUAAACAGAGAGAGCAUUUGAUGAAUUUUCACGCAGUUUUGGCCGCUACUAAAGGGACAAGCGGAAGAGGGGAAAAAGAUCGAAAAGAACAGAUGCGGCAACUUGGGGCCUGGGCUGGCUGUGGCCAGUGGGCACAACACAACAAGUGGGGGCUAGUGGUUUCAGGUCACUUUCGUUUCGUAGUAGCCCACACAAACAAUUGGUUGCCUUCCAAUGCACUCAGAAGUUGAGUGUCUAGACUCAAAACGAUAUUUUAAAAUUUUAACCUCAAGUUCAAUUAGUAUCGAUAGGAGUCAAGAUCCAAAACAUGUAAAAAAGCUUACAAGACGAAGCUAAAGAAUAAGUCAAAGUCGAGAGACAAAUUUUAGAAGUGGACAUCAUCAUAGGAGUUAGGGGGACAAAAACUAUCAAGCCAGACACAUUCUGAUGAAAAGUAAUAUAACCAGUGAUAGAAGGCGUCGGGUGUCAUACCGUAAACUGAAGUUUUGUCCUCUAAGAUCAUCAAGCCAUAUACAAUGACUACUACUUCUCUAUGCUCACUUUCUCUCUUUAAGUCUCCGUAUGCUUCUUUCUUUUUCCCUUCUCUCAUAUCCAUAUUGAUAUGGGGACAUGUGAACCGUUUUGCGAUAAAAAGAUGUCCGACCUUUCAAAUAUCUUGGAUUCAGUUGACCUUACAUCAGAAAAGCACAACUAAGUAUAAUUCAAAUAUGAUGUUCAAAAUGCUCUUGUAAAGAACGUACUUACAGAGUUGGGAGUUGUUGAAUUAAGCGUUAAAUGUCUU